CACUCCAGACGAGAUCACAUCGCAAGACCCACACACACACACACACACACACACACACACACACACACAAACACACACACACCUACCGCUACCAACACCAGCAUGCUGACCCGCCCCUUUACCCGCCUCGUGGUGGCCUUUGGGGUCCGAAAGAUCACGCAGCGGCGGCUGGUGGAAGAAUUCGUGACGGGAACGCUGAUCCUGAUCCCCUUYGGCCUGCUGGUGGGGCUGAUCACCUCCCGGAUCUGCACCAAGAUCCAGGUCUCCCGCAUCCGGAGCGACGUCUGGACKACCCUGGUGGUAUUUUUGAUCGGGGACAUUCUGAUGGAGUGGCUCCUCCCCUCKCUGGGCUGUCUGCCCGUCCCGGCGGCGGCGCACGACGAGCCGGACGAGGUGGACGCCUACGUCUCGAGCAUGUUCGGGACGGGCAGGGACUCGCCGUCGUCCUUUUUCCGGCAGGACGAGUUCCACUACAACCUCGCCUGGCUCCUCCAGAGCUACGGGCUCUACUGCCCCGCCGAUUUUGCCAACAGCGACUCGCUGCUGACCCCGGACGCCACGGCCAUUUUGUUCUCCAUCCGGCUGGUCUUUCUCUGCAUCGGCGUGCACAUUGGGGAAUCCAUCGGCUGCUUUGUGGCCCUGACGGGCGGGAUCGCGACGGGGAAAUCGACGGCUGCGAAGAUGUUUGUCGACUACAACUACGACACGGGCUCGGAGGGCGGCGAGGGAGAGCCGGCGGACCACGACAGGCAGGCCGGCGGGAGUCCGAACGCCGGAAAAGGAAACAACAACAACAACAACAACAGCAACAGCAACAACGUCCGCAACCGGCGCAGCAACGGGAGCAGCAAAAAGCCCGGCAGCCACAAAAAGGGGGCAAGCGGCCACCGGUACGGCGGCAACGACGGCAACAACAACAACAACGACGACGACGACGACGAGCUCAUCGAAAUGGCGAGGCUCCGGGACGGGGAGGCGAGGGGGGGCCUCCUCUCCUCGGUCCUGGGACCUGUCGGGAGCCUCUUGUCGGCGGUGGCGUCCCUGGCCCUGGCGGACGACGGGAGCGGCGUCGUCUACAACGAGGGGACGGUCCAGCUCAUCUGCGCCGAUUCGAUCGCCCACAACAUCUUGCUGCCGCCGGAGGUCCUGGCGGCCCGGGCGGGGGAAACGAGGGGGGCCAACGGYGGCGGCGGAAACGAGGGCAGCGACUCGGACAGCGAGGGCCGCGGAGGGAGCUUCGACGAGGGGGAUUGCGACGGGGGCAGCGAGGACCAGACCCCCAUCCUCCGGAUCGUGUCCCCGGGCGAUUCGGUCUACCACAAGAUCCUCGCGGUCUUUGGGGACAGGGACAUUCUCGAUCCGGACACGGGCCGGAUCGACCGGCUCAAGCUCGGGGCCAUUAUUUUCAGCGACCGGAACGAGCGGAGGAAGCUGAACAAGAUCACGCACCCGCGGAUCCUCAGCGUCCUGCUCAAGAAGCUGGUCCGGAGCGUCUUUUUCGGGUACGCGGACAUCACCAUGGGCGACCUGCCCCUCCUCUUCGAGUCGGGAAAGCUCUCGUGGCUCUUUGGGGUCACCAUCUGCGUGACGACCUCGGAAGAAACCCAGCUCGCCCGGCUGGUGGARAGGAACCCCGAGCUGCCCAGGGAGGAGUGCCUGGCGCGGAUCGCCUCCCAGAUGUCCCUCUCCCGGAAGGAARCCCUGGCGGACAUUGUCAUCGACAACAACGGCGACCUGGACGACCUGAGGGAACAGGUCGAGGAGGCCCGCCGGGACGUCAUGGGACGGCUGUACGGSAUCGGGAUGUCCCUGCUGCAGAUGCUCCUCCUGAUCGGGGGCUCGACCUCGAUCGCGGUGUCGUCCAAGUUCUAUACCCACUGGCAGCAAUGACGAGCCGGGAGAGAACKUCCCCGCGAAAGGAAGAAACACGAGGGACCGUCGCUGUGGRUUCUGGGAAACGAAACGAAACGAAACGACAAUGCUUGYUCAYUCSACAAAACGCAUCUCGGAUCCGGUGGGAUUGGMAACCAAAUUCRAUUCGUGGCUUUGUKUCGAAAGGAUCGAAAWAGUCCAAACCGUUUCGGGAUUUGYAUUCAUCGUCCUAUGCGAGCGACAAACACAAAGUGCCAAAGAAAAAGAGCCAARMAUCUUUGCGACACAACCACAGUUGGGAGUUUUGCACGAAAAGCGAGMUCGGUUCCAGCAAAGGAUCUAAGAGAUUGAAAACGCAGCCGCACAAAAUCUAGCUGUGUUAUCCUGGAUCUAUUACAUGUGUAAAAUAGUGAUCCCGGGGAAACAAAACCAUACUACUAACCACCCUUUCAAAGUCGGAGGAUGGCAAAAUCUAAUGAGCAAACACGGGGGGAACAAAAAAAAUUAUACUAGGAUUGCAUCAUAAACGUAUCUACCGUAU